AUGCCAGUUUCGGGGGAUAUAAUUCAAAUUUACAAAGACCAGAACGAAUCAUUAUUAAAAAAACCAAUACGUUACGUUUAUAACCCUACUGUAUAUGCUAGGGAACCAUGGGAAAGAUACUUGAGAAAGUUCUGCAAUAAUGAAAAAGAAGUAUUAUUUGUGGGUAUCAAUCCAGGUGCAAGGGGCAUGUGUCAGACAGGUAUUCCAUUUGGUGAAGUCAGUGUGGUACGAGAUUGGUUGCGAAUAAGUGGCAAGGUGGGUCAGCCCGAUAAUGUAUGUCCGAAGCGACCAGUUCGUGGAUUCAAUUGUACUGAAAAAGAAGAAAGUGGUGAACGAUUCUGGGAAUUAAUCAAAAAGUAUUGUAGAAAGCCCGAAGAUUUUUUUGGAAAAUGUUUUCUGUAUAAUUAUUGUCCUCUAGCAUUCAUGGAUGAAAACGGAAAGGCUGUUCUUCCUAAACAGUCCCACCUCAAGGAUUCCCUGCAAAAAGUUUGUGAUGAAACACUGAAGAAGAUCAUAGACCUCCUAGAACCAAACAUUGUAGUUGGAAUUGGACGUUAUCCAGAAGAAAGGGCAAACAAAGUUCUCGAAAAUAACGAACAGAAUAUUAAAGUAUUGUAUAUGCCACAUCCAAGUCCCAAAACCGGUCUUUCUAGGCAGAAAUGGCUAGAAGAAGCGGGAAGAAUUAUUGAAAACAAUAAUUUAACGCAGUACUUUGGAAACAGAGCAAAUUAAACCAUUAUCCAAAAGAAAUAAAAUUAAUUGAAGCAAUUUCAGCCAACUUGCACAUCAUGCGUGACCCCUUUUGAAUAUUAUAUUAUCUGGAAAAAGCUUUCUAUGUUCCAAAUCAUGCUUGCUCUGCAGCCACAGAGGAAGCCUCAGUUGGUUUUCUUUUUGUUCACCGAAGCAAGACUAUAACUGUGGGCCGUAAUGCAGUUGAUGAAACUGCAUAGAUGACGUUUCUGCUUAUUGAAAAAUUAUAAGAAUUGCAAUCCAUCUGUUUGUUUCCAAGAGAUCAAUAAUAUAUAAGUAACUGUGGAACCAUGUAUAUGUUAAUAGGUUUGGUGGAAAGAGUCUUCAAAGAAAGCUCUGCAGCCAUGGAUUUACUGAAUUUUUUUUUAUCAAGGUGUCAAUCCUAAUGCUUCUCCUUCAAAAGUUAAAGUAAGAGAAAAAAAAAUUAUUCUUUUCUAAGUGUAUAUUAUGUUAUUAUAUUCUGAUCACUAAUGAAUUGUUUUAUUGAUAUAGUAGAACGAUGAUUAUCUGAACUAGCUAUGAAGGACAGUGGAAAUUUGAAAAACUGAUCCGAUUGAAUUGAAAACUUGAAUUCAAAAACAUUUCUUCAAUAUGAUUUUUUCACAUCGACAAAAAAAUUCCAGUUACUGCAGAAAGUCGAAAGAUCAUAUGUUCAUUAACAAUUUGAUACAUACAAAUUAUUUAUGUUGUUCCGGUUAAACGGACUUUCAGUCCGUUCAGCAAAGUUCUUAACAUCGCUCCACUGUACUAGGAAUUUUUCAUAAUUUGUUUUAUAAGGGGUUUUUUAUGGGAAAAAAUAUAGAUUUAUUAUAUGAAACUGUUACCUGUGUAUGCAACAAUAUUCAAUAUAAAUUUUAACGUCAA